AAUCAUUCUGCAACAAAGAACCUCUCUCUUUGUGUUUUGAAAACCAAUAAAACUAGGCACCCACCCCAACAUCCACCACACUCCACUCUCACUCACUUUCUUUCUCAGAACUAGAAACAAAAAUGGCUCCAAACCAACCAUUUCUAGUUCUCACCUUCACACUCUUCAUCACCAUAACUCUUUCCCUUGCUCCACCCACCACCUCCACCCGCGCCACCCCAAUUCACGGUUCUUCUGAGUCCUCCACCGCCGUCCUCGACGUCUCCUCCUCCCUCCACCAAGCUCACCAAGUUCUCUCCUAUAGCACUCAACUUGUGGAAUCUUCUCUCAAGGAAGAAACCCAUCACAAACCCACUUCCUCUUCCUCCUUCUCCGUCCAGUUACACCCAAGAGGGACAGUCCUCAAUGAAAAACACCGUGACUACAAAAACCUCGUACUUUCCCGACUCGCUCGUGACUCAGCCCGAGUCAACUCGCUCACCUUGAAGCUCAAGCUCGCACUCAACGGUGUCAACAAAUCGGAUCUCCACCCGACCCAGAUGGACCAGCUUCUACCGGAGGCUCUCUCCACGCCUGUCUCCUCCGGUACCGGUCAAGGCAGCGGCGAGUACUUCAGCCGGGUCGGUGUGGGUCAACCCGCGAAGCCUUUCUACAUGGUUCUCGACACCGGAAGCGACGUGAACUGGCUUCAAUGCAAGCCUUGUGCUGAUUGCUACCAACAAUCCGACCCGAUUUUCGACCCGACAACGUCCUCCACCUACGGCCCGUUGACAUGCGACGCUCAACAGUGCCAGGCGCUGGAGGUUUCAGCCUGCCGGAACGGGAAGUGCCUCUACCAAGUCUCAUACGGUGAUGGGUCAUUCACCGUUGGGGAAUUCGUGACUGAAACGAUGUCGUUCGGCGGAUCCGGGUCGGUGAACCGGGUUGCAAUCGGGUGCGGCCACGACAACGAAGGUUUAUUCGUCGGCGCCGCCGGGUUGCUUGGUCUCGGAGGUGGGCCGUUGUCGUUAACCUCACAGAUCAAAGCAUCGUCGUUCUCGUACUGCUUGGUGGACCGUGACUCAGGGAAAUCGUCGACGCUCGAGUUCAACUCAGCUCGACCCGGCGACUCAGUCACUGCACCACUACUGAAGAACCAGAAGAUCGGAACCUUCUACUACGUGGAGCUCACCGGCGUCAGCGUCGGAGGCCAGAUGGUCGGCAUUCCGCCGGAGACAUUCGAGAUGGACCAAACCGGCGCCGGCGGGAUUAUCGUGGACUCCGGCACCGCCAUAACUCGGUUGCGAACUCAGGCUUACAACUCGGUCCGUGACGCGUUCCGGAGGCUGACUCAGAACCUGCGUUCCGCCGAGGGGGUUGCGCUGUUCGACACGUGCUAUGAUUUGUCGACUCUGCAGUCUGUGCGUGUCCCCACCGUGUCGCUCCACUUCAGCGGCGGCAAAACGUGGUCGUUGCCGGCGAAGAAUUACUUGAUUCCGGUGGACUCCGCCGGUACUUUCUGUUUCGCGUUCGCGCCUACGACGUCGUCUUUGUCCAUUAUAGGGAACGUGCAGCAACAGGGGACACGUGUCAGCUUCGAUCUUGCAAAAAAUGAAGUUGGAUUCUCACCCAACAAGUGCUAGAUUUGUAAUUGACCUAUUUAACCCUCAUCCUAGCAUUGCUCUAUAUAAUAACAUUAUAAAAUUUAUAAUUUAUGAUGUGGGGAGAAAAAAGAAUUUUAGUAUAGGUUUAGGUUUUUAAUUAUUAUGGUCUUGGGGUUUAAUUCUAGAGAGAAACAAAAAAAAGGGAAAAGACCAUGCUUAGCAUUAAAGUGUUUAGGUGAUAAAAGUCAAGAACAGCCCACAUAUGGUAGAGAAGGAUUUUCCUUUUCCCUUGAUUGUGUGGAGUGGGUUCAUAAAUUAUUAGUCCUGCAUGGGUUAAUUUUAAUUUCUAAAAAUGGAUUGUAAGUUGUAACUAUAAACUCCAUGGCAUGGCUUGCAAAUUUGUUCAACCCUUGGGGGCUAUUUUUAGUUCUGAAGAUUGAAGUUAUAUAUUCUUGUAAUUUAUGGUAGUAUUAUUGUAAAGGGUUGCAUGUAGGCCAUAUGGCUAACAGUGUGACAUUGAUAUGAUAUUAAAUUUCACAUGGAUCUGAGUGAUUAAUAUUUA